GUUUAGGGGACAUUUUAGGACAUCAGUUCUACCGUGUUAACAUUUUUUUGCGAUGGCGUCCUUUCAAGGAGUUUUAAUCCUCCUCUCAGCAGUUCUAGUAGCAGCAGAAGCAUCAUGUUGGUUUAGUCCCAUCAAGAACGAAACAACCUUUUUCGGUUCCAAGAGGCAUUACUGUGAGUACACCAGCCAUGCAGAUUCAGCAGAUGGCCACGCCUCCAUGAACAAUGAAACGCGAGUACGAAUGAACGUGACGGUUGGGUCCACUUUUGACACGCUGGACUGUGAACACUGUCAAUGUCGACAGGACGGACUCCAUUGCUGUGGAACAGGAUUUUACGCGGGAACAUUCCAGGUGCCAAAGAAAUGCGACGUCAUACCAGAUGGAUGUGAGCCCAUCAUUGUUCUCGCGGAGGAUCACAAAUUGAAUUGUUUCACCAAAAAGCCUAUAAGACCAAACCAGUAUGGAAUGGUACACGUACGCAACAUGGGGACCCCAAGGAAUGGAUCAGAUCGUGCAACGUGUGUUCCAUUCAUCUAACAGUGAUUCCGAAAAACCAAAGAUCAUAACACAACCCAUGAUGGUGGCGAGCAGACGUAAUAGUCAUUGGCCGGAAAAUGCUAUUGAAAAUAUGGCAACCUUGCUCCCCACUGCUUGGCCUGCGCAGAACGCACAGAGGCCGGCCGUCAGGCUCAAGAACAUUCCAUAUGUCAUCAAAAUCCGACAAUGUUCCUCUAGGACAAUCGUCCAGGUCGGUUCGGGUGUCGUCCUCUGGAUCCCCAAUGGUUUGGCCAAUUUCACAGGAUCCUCAAAAAACCUUUUCUAGGUCAAUUACAAUGAGGAGAACCAACGAACCAUUCCCAGCCCCUAAAGAGGAAACUGUUUCAAAAACAAAUUCCGAAACACCAUCGACAGACAUGGAACUCAAUCGUCUACUGGCGAUGAAACUUCUUGGACUAGCUUAAUGGAACGCCUGAACAAUAUGUAAUAAGUCUGUCAACAAUGAGUAUGAUGUACGCCUCGUUAGGAAUCAUCACUCACUUUUGUAUACAGUGGACUUUGUUUAAACGGACUCCAUUCGGAGUAUAUAAUUUGACCGGUUCGUAAGGAGUUUCAGAUCGUAGAUCUAUCAAUGUUAAGUAUAGAACAAGUUUGAGUGAAAUUUGCUGAUGCAACAUGUCUGUGAUAAAAUGUAUAUCUGAUGUAGACGGAUUCCGACACCAGUACUUGGUAUUAUAAACUAUAAAUAUACCUAAUAAAUUAAUACAAUGUAUGACCUUUACAUAUUUAUGUAUGUACAUUUUGUAUAUAAUAAAAAUAUCUUCCUUGUGCUAUCUCACUGGUCACUGAAUGUUGUGAAUCGCCGUUACCUUCAACCGUAUCAUUGGCAAAGACUGUACUACGUGUUUGGAAAGCUUUCUAUUGUUGUCAUUUUCUAUUGAUAAUGGAAGAUUGUAAGUACUGGCUUCCAUUUUCACUUUCUGCAAUGUGAAACUUUAAAACACCAAGCAUUAGCCAGAUGAAUAAUAAAAAAUCAUUCUUUCAAAUUU